CCAGCCAAUAGCCAGGCUAAGAGCGAGUGUCGUGGCCCUUCCUCCUUUAGAUGCCCACCAGUCAACCAGUAGGAGGAGGAGGAGGAGCUGGGGUUGCAGGGGGAGCAUCGAUCUGUCACACGUUUGUGCUGAAAUUGAGCAGUUUGAGAAUUAUUUGCUCCUUUCUUAUGUAGCUUGCUCAACAGGUUUCUUGCACCCACACAGACAGACACAGAGAGAGAUGUCUGCAUUAAGCCCUAAUUCACUCUUUGGGAUGGGGAAUCCCUUGCUGGACAUUUGUGCUGUGGUGGACAAAGACUUCCUGGAGAAAUACACACUGAAGCCCAAUGACCAAAUCCUGGCUGAGGACAAACACAAAGCCCUGUUUGAUGAGCUAGUGAAUAAGUUCAAAGCUGAAUACCACGCAGGGGGAGCCACACAGAACUCCAUAAAGAUCGCUCAGUGGCUGAUCCAGGAACCUCACAAAGUGGGCACCUUCUUCGGAUGCAUCGGUAAGGACAAGUUUGGGGAGAUCUUGAAGAAGAAGGCCGAGGAGGCCCACAUUGAUGCCCAUUACUACGAGCAAGACCAGGAGCCCACGGGCACAUGUGCAGCGUGCAUCACCGGAGCGAAUCGAUCGUUGGUGGCUAACCUGGCUGCCGCUAACUGUUAUAAGAAGGAGAAACAUCUGGAUCUAGAAGAAAACUGGAAGUUGGUGGAAAAGGCUAAAGUUUGUUAUAUUGCCGGUUUCUUUGUCACAGUGUCUUUGGAGUCCAUGCUGAAAGUGGCCAAGCACGCAUCAGAAAAUAACAAACUGUUCUGUAUGAACCUGUCAGCACCCUUCAUCUGUCAGUUCUUCAAGGACCACCUGGUGCAACUGUUGCCCUACGUGGACGUGCUCUUCGGCAACGAGACGGAGGCUGCCGCAUUUGCGAAAGAACAAGCUUUUGAGACCAAAGACAUUAAGGAGAUUGCCAAGAAAAUACAGGCUCUGUCCAAAGUCAACAGCAAAAGACAAAGAAUUGUUGUCUUUACUCAGGGGAAGGAGGAAACCGUGAUGGCUCUCGGUGACAAAAUUGAGACCUUUCCAGUGAUGGCAAUUGAUCCCAAAGACCUGGUGGACACAAACGGUGCUGGUGACGCCUUUGUCGGAGGUUUCUUGUCUGGGCUGGUUCGAGAAAAACCGCUGGACCAAUGCGUCAGAGCGGCUCACUACGCUGCCAAUGUCGUCAUUAGAAGAUCGGGUUGCACGUUCCCCGAAAAGCCAAAUUUUGUUUGAUGCAUUUUAAUUGAUGUUUUGUUUCAUUUGAGACAAAAUGUCACCCCUGGUCAGUGCUUUUAUCCCAGUGCUUCCUCGCAGAUAAUUGUAUCUUUUUUUUUUUUUUUUUUUUUUUUUUUUUUUUUUUUUAAAUGUGCCAUUUGAUUUUUUUUGUGCCACCUCACAUUAGCAUGUCUUAUUUUCCUGUGCCUGGUGGCACUGCAGGAAUUAUUCAGAGGGAUUUUUGUCAGUCAUAAAAAAAAUGCAAAGUCAUCAAAUCAAAUUAUGAUAUUUAUAAUUUGGGCCAAAAACAAGACUGCUUUUUUGACAUCAGAACUGUCAAGUUGAGGACGCCACACUCAACUGAUUGGUUUGUUUUAAUGUUUUGUCACUUGUGUGUGACUUGUUUAGCCCAAUAAUGAGCACAUUUGUUUUUUUCAAAUGCAUGAAUUAAUAAGUGCCAAAGCCAAUGGCCACAAAAAUAUUGAGCUGAGACGUUAAACAUUUUCAAAUCGAGUGCAUUGUGUGAAUGGCCAUUCUAAUGGUGUCAUUUGUUUUUUUUCCUCCCCAAGUACCUCAACACACAGCUUUGUUAAAUUUGACAUAAAUGCCAGUUUAUCACAUUGUGAUAAGAUCUUGAUUUUACUGCUUCAGUUUGAUUUGGAUUAAUCAAUACUUGAAUACACAUUUGACAAUUUCUGAUGAAGCACAGUGGUGUAGUCUUCCUUUUCUAAUUGUUUUUAAAUCUUUGAUGUACAAUCUCAUUCAAUGAUGUUCAUGAUGCCUCAAGUGACCCUUUUGUCUGCUUCUUGCCAGACUUUGUAUUACGUGGAUAAAUAAAAUUAAAGUGUUGGAGAUCCCCCA